AUGGACGGGCCAGACGCCCACCCGCUGUUGUUCCUGCUCUUCCUUGGUGUCUACCUCUUCAGUGCGCUGGGCAACCUGAGCAUGGUGGUCGUGGUGAGGUCCGCUGUGGCUCUCCACUCUCCCAUGUAUUACUUCUUGGGUCACCUGAGCCUCGUGGACGUCUGCUUUACCACCAUCACAGUCCCCAGACUGCUGAUCGGGCUGCUCCACCCGGGCCAGGCCAUCUCAUUCCAGGGAUGUUUUGCCCAGAUGUACUUCUUCGUGGCCCUGGGCAUCACUGAGAGCUACCUGCUGGCAGCCAUGUCCUACGACCGCGCGGUGGCGGUGUGCCGCCCGCUGCACUACGGCGCCAUCAUGACGCCCGGGCGCUGCGCGGCGCUGGUGGGGGCGUCCUGGGCGGUGGCCCACCUCCACUCGCUGCUCCACACCCUGCUCAUCUCCGCGCUCUCCUACCCUGCCUCUGCCUCUGUGCGCCACUUCUUCUGUGACGUGACGGUGAUGCUGAGCUUGGCAACCUCGGAUAUAUCCGCCGCGAAGACUGCCAUCUUCUCCGAAGGCCUGGCCGUGGUGCUGACCCCGCUGCUCCUCGUAUCCCUCUCCUAUGCGCACAUCUUUGUCGCCGUGCUCGGAGCGCGGUCGGCUGAAGGGCGGCGCCGCGUCUUCUCCACCUGCGGGGCCCACCUGGUGGUGGUGUCGCUCUUCUUCGGCUCUGUCCUCUCCGUCUAUUUCCGACCAUCGUCAGCCUACUCAGCCCGCUACGACCGCCUGGCCAGCGUGGUCUAUGCUGUGGUCACGCCGACCUUAAACCCUGUCAUCUACAGCCUUCGCAACAAAGAGGUCAAAGGCGCCCUAAAAAGGGGGUUCAGAUGGACGGCUGCACCCCAAGCGUUAUGA